UGACUUUGACAGAAUGUCUAAACAAUUCCUAAAGGAAUUUUCUCACUACAAAGAGCUUUGCAAUUACUUCCAGAGGUACUGGGAACCAAUAAGUCAUAGAUGGGCUGACUAUGGACGUUGUUAUAACCAUGGGAAUUCAGAGACCAACAAUUUAAUAGAAAGGUUCUUCCAUCGACUGAAAUACCAAUUCUUAUCUGGGAUAAGAAAUCGGCGUUUGGAUGACUUGCUUGACGUCCUUCUUUGCAAGACGGAGACUUACUUUCAGGUGAUAAAACACUUGCAAUCAGCAGGAAGAAUGGCAAACUGUGUUGCCAUGAAGUUGGAGGAAACAUUAAGCAAAGCAACUAGAAUGAUGGAAAAAGGCUGGAUUGACCACAUUACAAGCGAAUCAUCGGAAAUAUAUGUCUAUAAUGUGCCAUCCGAACAAGACUCCUCACUUUCCUACAGAACCUGCCCAGCGGAGUGUUUCUGCAGUUGCCCCGUGGGUUUGAAAGGUGAAGUAUGCAAACAUUUGGUUUUGCUUGAUAUACUCAAAGAAAAGGAUGAUGCAUUUCCUGAAUUUGCUCUUCAGCUGGAAGCUCAUGCAAGAGCUUUACAAAACAAUGGUCACUUCAGUAUCUGUUCUGAGGUGAAGAUGGAAAUCGACGUCGAAAGUCUUUGUGGGAGAGGAACAUAUCAUACAGAUUUGGAAACCUAUUCUUGUUCCUGUUGCACAUUCUCAUAUCAUUGCAUAUGUCCCUGCCUUAUUUUAGCACAACAGUUGUUUGGCAUGACCAUUAAUGAAAAAAUGUGCUGUUCUGUGAAUCAAUCUGACAAUGCUGAUGUGUACUUUGAGAAACAAGACACAAGUUUAGACUUCCGGAGACUAGAAGAUGUUCUUGCAAUUAUCAAAAGAUGGCAGACUGUUCCAGAGAACAUCAAAAGCCAAAUAAAUGAUCUCUAUGUUAAUGUGCAACAAGAAGACAGAAGUCUUUUGUCAAAAAGGCAUUGUACCAAUGACACUUCAAGGAAGAUACAGCCACUCUUCCCAUGCAAUGCAAAAAAAAGAAAAAAGACUUCCAAGGUUUCCAAGAAAACCUGCAUUUCUGACACAAAUUCAGAAGGGUUUAAAGGAAGAAAGAGGCAACCCAAAAAAAAGUAAAAAAA